GUCCGCAAGUGCGUGUCGCGAGCCAUUCUGGAUGCCCUGGAAGCAGGUCAUGUGGAAGAGGUGGAUGACGAGCUGUACGAGGCUUGCGCGGCCCAGGUGUCCCAGGAAGAUGGUUCGAGCUCUUGGGGCUACAAGCUCAUCGACGUCCACGGCGAGGGUCACCUCGCUCUGCGCGUUGCUGCGCAGAUCGGUGGAGGUCUGGAAACGGGCUGUGUACCCUGGACAGGUGGCUGCGUGUUCCUGGGCCUCGCGCUGACGGGUUGCCUCUCCACCGACCUCAAUGGUGCUGGCACUGGCAUCUUGGGUUUGGGCUUGGCCCUCACAGGCAGCGUGGUGACCCUGACGGACGCUCAGCCAGCAGUGCUGGAGAACCUCAGACACAACCUGGAAGCAACCAGGGCAUGCGCGGCGAAG